CUCGUGCACUCGCAAAGAGAGAGAGAGAGCCAACUGCAGCAGAGAGCUCAGAGCGCCGGCAAACCAGCUGAACGAGACGAGCCUGAAGACCAAACAACGUGAGGUGGACAUCACAGCAGGCAUGUGGAAGAUCCAGGCAGAGGGUGUUUGCACAGACAGCUUGUCCUGAUUCUCAUUCUGUGAGAAGCUCUCAGCUCUGUCACCAGCUAACAUGUCAGCCAUGCUUCCAGAAGAUGACCUGUCCUGUCCCGUGUGCUAUGACAUCUUCAAGGAUCCUGUCCUGCUGCCCUGCAGUCACAGUUUCUGCAGGGCCUGCUUACAGCGCUUCUGGAACGGGGGGAGUUCCCGCACCUGUCCCGUCUGCAGGAGGAGAGCCUCUAAGAAGAGUCCCCCGUCUAACCUGGCCCUGAGGAACCUCUGCGAGGCCUUCCUUCAAGGACGAAGCAGGACAGCGGUGGACGAGGAGGACGUGUCCUGUAGCCAACACGGAGAGGUGCUGAAACUGUUCUGCCUGGACGACCAGCUGCCCAUCUGCGUGGUCUGCCAGGCCUCCAAGACGCACAAGGGCCACGACUGCUCGCCCACGGAGGAGGCGGCUCUAGAUUGCAAGGAUAAACUCAGCUCUGCACUAAAGACACUGAAGGACAACCUAGACAUGAUCUCCAAUCUCAGGAUGAAUGCAGCGGUGACUCUGGAGCAUAUCAAGUGUCAGGCUCAACGAAUAGAAAAGCGAAUGAAGGAUCAGUUCCUGGAGCUUCAUCAGUUUCUGAUUAUGGAAGAGGAGGCCAGGAUGUCUGCUCUGAAGGAGGAAGAGGAGAAGAAGAUUCAGGCUGUGAAGGAGAGAGAUGAUCUGCUCAUGAGCAGGAUGUCUUCACUCUUAGAUAUUAUUAGAAGCACAGAGAAGGAGAUGGCCGCUGAUGAUCUGACACUGCUGCAGAACUUUAAGUCAACCAUAGAAAGGACCCAGUGUUCACUGGAGGAUUCAGAGGGUGUUUGUGGAGCUUUAAUGGAUGAGGCCAAGCACCUGAGUAACCUAAAAUUCAAAGUGUGGGAGAACAUGCAGGAGAUAUCUCCAUAUUCUCCUGUGACCCUGGACCCAAACACAGCCCACCCCUGCCUGUGCCUCUCAGAUGACCUCACCUCUGUGCACUACAGCAGCCCGUGCCGUCCCCUCCCCAGCAACCCAGAGCGUUUCCACAUCAGUGCUGAAGUGUUGGGCCGGGUCGCCCUCUGCGCCGGCACUCACAGCUGGGACGUGGAGGUGGGAACCAGCGACGACUGGAUCCUGGGAGUGGCUAGUGUCUCCAUUAAGAGGGACAAGGAGGUCCAGGCACGGCCAGAGAACGGAUUCUGGACACUGUGCUUACGCGAUGGGGAAUACAGGGCCAUGGCGUCGCCCCCGAUGCCACUGGACGUGAAGCGAAGGCUGCAGAGGGUCAGAGUGCAGUUGAACUGGGAGGCAGGGGAGGUCACGUUCUCCUGUCCUGUGGAGGGGAGCAGCCUGCACACGUUCUCACAUACAUUCAUAGAAAAGGUGCUGCCGUACUUUUAUACUCAGAGUAAACAUCCUCUGAGGGUUGUACCGAAACCUGUGCUUAUCUCAGUGAUGGAGAACAGAAGUAAUAUAAUUUACUUGAAAUAAAAAAUGAAGUUCUGCUGCCAAUGGAAACUUAAAUAUUCUUACAGGAACUCAAAAUCACAUGCUUCUAAUUUUCCAUUUAAAGUAGCAUUAUGUAGCAUAUUUUUGUACUAUGUAAUAACAGCUUCCAAUCAAUGUGAUGACUAACUGACUCUAUUAGGAAGACAGGAACGCAGGCAGGAUAAAUACUGUGUAACACUGCGAAAGUCAUAAGCCUUUUUUCCACCGCAGGUCCAAAUGGUUCUGACCAUGAAGGGUGACCAUUCAGGUAACAAAGAUCUGCACAGGUAACCUAGCACAGGUAACUAAGAUCUGUUUAGUUGGGGCCUUUAUAAAGGUAGCAUAUUUAUUGCACUAUAAGGGGCACUUAAAAUCCUUUAAUUUUUCCUAAAAUCCAGUGUGUUUGAAUUCUACCAGUCAGGUUGUAGGGAGCAGUAAAGCCACUCCACUGAAAUACAACGUUAUACAGGAGUUUCAGUUUAGUUCUACCAGAAAGUUUAAAUUUUUAUAGUAUUAAUAAUAUAUUAGAUAACAAUUUAUGUAAAGUUAGUCUUUGGCAUAGGCCCCGUCGAAGAAGAAAUACAGUAUGCAGCAUUUGGACCCUCGCAGAUCCUUCCAAAUGUAGAAGACAGGGGCGGAGCCAAUCCCCGGGCAGCUGGUGAUUGGUUGAGAUACAAGUGUUAAACAAGCUACCAUGUUAAAACAAGCUAUGUGGGACAAAUCGCUAGCUAAUAUCGCCCUGGCUUACCGGAACACUCAGGGUUGCUCAGUGUAGCUCUGUCGGUUGGCAUUAGCCGCUAACCGCAGCUAGCCGUAGUGGAAAUCUGAAAAUCUAAGCUUACUCAAAUAAACACUUUUCAGUAGAGAAAUCUGGGAAGACUGAGUAGAUUAACAUCCAGCACUCGUUUGACUUUAAAAGAAAAUGUUUCCUUUAAGAAUUAAAGUUUUGUUUACUUAUCUUAGCUUCACAGGUCUCACCACCUGAGAUUUGCUGAAUUGGAAGGAAAACAUAGCCCCUGUUCCCCCCGGUUCCUGACUUGUGACACCUAACACACUGUAUAAUCCAGUGAACCUCGUGUAUGAAAAUGGACCAGAAAAUAGAUGUUCGUUCAUAGUGCGCUGUAUAAACCUGCACAUAUAAAAGUAUAAAAAUACUGCACAUAUCAUUUGAUUCGCUAAAGCGACAAGAUCUGGGGUCUUAGUACAGAAUGUGGCAGAGACCCUAUCUUGGUCUGUGGAGGACACACAUUAGCUAAUUUUGCUUUUAAGUAAUAAAAAAAAGUAGCCUGCCAAUUAGCAUCAUGCUAAUGCUUAAAUUGUAACAUGCCUACUUUUAAAGUAAACUCACACUAUAUCUCACACUGUUUAAAAAGUAUAUGUGUAAAAAGUAACAAAGGGAAAGGCAAAAGGCUUAAACAUGGCUUUCGUUUUAUUCUAGUCUUUGGGGGAUGCCAUUGAAGAUCCAUUUUAAGUGGUAGAGAGCCAAAUCAUUUUGUUGAACAUACGAGUGAAGAAUUUUUUUAAUAUUUUAAAAGGAAUGUAAAGAUUCUUCAGUGUCACUGCCCCAAGGACAUUUAAAAAAAGGUUACUUUUGUCCAUUUUGCUUAUUUUUUUAAACUUAAACUUUUUUUAAUUUAAAAUAGAUAUAGAACAUAAGGUGUAAGACAAAAGAUCGGUAUCAAAUAUAUUGUGUUAAUUUUAUUUUAAACAGAUUGUCGAUAUGUGGUAUCAUUUUAUGAUAUUUUGAUCUAAAUUGCUAGUAGUGAGUAGGACAUUUGAAACUAACUUAAUUUUGGUCUGAGGGUCAGGUGAAUGUGCAUAACACUGUUUUGCUCUGAUAACAAAAUAAAAUGAAGGAGAUUUAUAUAUAUAUAUAUUGUUCUCUAUUGUAUGUUGUCACUGUCAUGCAAAAACCUUGUAUAUCCAUUUUUCCUUGUAAAAUAAAGAAUGUUUUAAAUGGUGCAAUAAGGUU